AUGGUGAGUGGCCGGAGUGAGGCAAUUGUGGUGGUCACGGCCAUAUUCCUGGCUCUUUCCUUGAUCUCGGGCAGUUUGAGAUGUUUCGUUCGCUUUCGCUUGACCCAUGCCGCGGGCUGCGAUGACUAUAUCAUGGUAACUGCAAUGUUCUUCAAUAUCGGUUUCGGGACGUGUACGAUACUCGGCGCGACGUUUGGCAUGGGCAAGAAACUGGUUUACUUUGAGGAAUCGCCGCAGAACUUUCGCAAGGCCAUGCUGGUGGGUGAUAUGGAUUUGCGACGCAAGCUCACUACUGACGGACCGCAGUGCUUCUGGCUUGGACAAUUGUUCUACGUCGUUACUUCCGUCCUCGUGCGAUUGUCAAUCACCGUCACCCUCGUGCGCCUCACCGUUGACAACCUCCACCGGAGCAUCCUUGGUGCCGCCACCAUACUGUCCAUUGUCGCGGGGACCAUUUUCUUCUUCUUCACCAUCUUCGAAUGCACUCCGGUCGAUUAUUACUGGAACCGAAUGACGGAAGAGGGGCAUUGCAUGAACAUGGAUAGUCUCCUGGGGAUCGUCUACAUGUACAGUGCGGCUGCUGCGGUAUGCGACUUUACGAUUGGACUGCUGCCCGCCUUCAUGAUCGGGAGGCUAAAGAUGGACCGACACACGAAGAUGGCCGUCAUUGGCAUUCUAUCUAUUGGAUGCGUUGCUAGCACCGCGGUCAUUGUUCGUAUCCCGUUUCUCCAUCUGUCGAAGAGUCGGGAAUUUCUAUACGAAACAACGCAGGUUUCGAUAUGGUCGAAUAUAGAGACCGGGCUGGGGAUCACAGCAGGGAGUUUAAUGACCGUGCGACCCUUUUUGCGGGCGAUUGGAUGGUUACAUAUAGACUAA